GGGACUACAGGGGGAGCUGGUUUCCUAGAGCCGCGACUCUGCCAGCCCAGAGCAGACUCCACGCCGGCGCCCCGACCCGCGCUUCGCCCCUGGGGCCGAUGCCGGCGGCGUCCUAAGGCCCCCCCCCCGAGUGGGGCGGGAACGUGAGGCUGCGGGGCGGCCUCGCCUGCUGGCCUCGGGCUCCCUGGUUGUCCUGCAAGGCCAGGAUGAAAAAGUUUCCGAAGAAGAGCCAGAACGAGAAGUACCGGCUGAAGUACUUGCGGCUGCGCAAAGCGGCCAAGGCCACGGUGUUUGAAAAUGCUGCUAUUUGUGAUGAAAUUGCUCGUCUUGAGGAAAAAUUUCUUAAAGCAAAAGAAGAAAGAAGGUACUUGCUAAAGAAGCUCCUCCAACUUCAGGCAUUAACAGAAGGGGAAGUACAGGCUGCACCUCCUUCCCACAGCUCCAGUUUGCCCCUGACUUAUGGUGUGGCCGGUUCUGUGGGUGCUAUACAGGGAACUGGGCCCAUUUCUGGGCCCAGCACAGGGGCUGAGGAACCAUUUGGGAAGAAAUCCAAGAAGGAGAAAAGAGAAAAAGGCAAAGAGAACAACAAAUUGGAAGUUCUGAAGAAAACAUCCAAGAAAAAGAAAAUGGAGGGAGGUGCUCGCAAGCUGGUUCAGCCCAUUGCCCUGGAUCCCUCAGGACGGCCUGUGUUCCCCAUCGGACUAGGGGGUCUAACAGUAUAUAGCCUGGGGGAGAUCAUCACCGACCGACCUGGCUUCCAUGAUGAGUGCACCAUCUACCCCGUGGGCUACUAUAGUACACGAUUGUAUACCAGCAUGAAGUGCCCAGACCAAGAGUGUCUAUAUACCUGUCAGAUCAAGGAUGGUGGUGUGCAGCCUCAGUUUGAAAUUGUUCCCGAAGAUGAUCCCCAGAAUGUCAUUGUUGGCUCUUCUGCAGAUGCUUGUCAUGAAGAACUGCUUAGAAUCAUCAAUGCUAGAGUGGGAAAGAUAAUGCCUAACCUGCUUCCAUCUGGAGCUGACUUUUUUGGGUUUUCUCAUCCAGUCAUUCACAACCUCAUCCAAAGUUGUCCAGAAGCUCAAAAAUGUGUCAAUUACCAGUUGGUAAAAUUUGAUGCAUGCAAACCUGAAGAAGGACUACCAGAGAAUGAGAUAGCUAUGAGCUUUGAAGUCUUCCAGAAACAGACUUUUGGUGAAGAUCAUGAUGAUCCCAUUCUGCCAGGAUCUUUGGACCUGCCUGAGCUACAGCCUGCAGCCUUUGUGACUUCUUACCCACCUGAGUUCCUGACACGUGAACCCUUGGUAGGCACUCACCUGCAGCACCUGGAGUGUCCAUCACAGUGCAGCCCAGUUCUGUCUUCAGACUGAAGAAAGGAUCAGAUCUCACUUUAUUUUCAUCACAAUGACUUUUUUAACCAAAACUUAGAAUAUAUGGGAUAAAGGCAGCCAUUCAUGACUGAAGAAGAUUUUUAUCACAUUUCAUCAUGGGAGUUCCCAUGGUGAUAAUUUACCCUAGAAGCAACUUCACUUUAUUUUUAGUAAAAAAAAAAAAAAAAAAUUCUCUUAAACAUUUGGUUUUCAUCUUCUUGUAAUCAGAGUAUAAUCUUGUUUGGCUCUGCCUAAAGUAGACUUCAGUAUUAAUCUGCUUUGUCUGUUUGGGUUGAGAUAGCGAAGUACCAUAGACUGAGUGGCUUAGUGACAGCAAUUUUAUUUCCCAUGGUUCUAGAGACUGGAAGUCCUAAGUUCAAGGUGCUGACAGUGCCUACUGAGGACCUGCUUCUGGUUCAUAGAGAGCCAUCUAGCUGGAACCUCCAUAAAAGGGGCAGAGGAACUCCUGUGGUCCCUUUUAUAAAGGCACUAAUCCCAUGCAGAACCCUAUGACCUACUUCCCUCCCUGAGGCUUCAACUCCCCACAUCAUCACAGUAAGGAUUAGGAUUUAAUUUAUGACUUGACCUAGUGAGUAUGUAAUAGCUUUCAAUUUUUGAGUAAGGUUCAAAAUCCUCUUUAACCCAUUUCAUAUGCUUUCUAUUCCUCAUUGGAGAUUGUACUUUUAGUUCUGUGUGCUGAAACCAAAUAACAGAUUCACAUGGGACAUAGUUGGGAGUUGUUCCCAUCUCCCUAACGCAGUAGAGUGACAUCAUUCCAUUUUAACCUUGUAGAGCAUAACUGCAUGCUAUACAACUGAAUUCUUUGGUCCCUGUACAUAGCAUUAAUGUGGAGCUUAGUGUAUCACCUAAUCCCAUCAGUGCAGGUUCAUCCUACCUUGUGCAUUGCCUUAAUUCCCUACCUUCCAGGUGCCCAAGGCUGGCUUGAGUAGUUAGGGAAGGGACAAAAAAAAAGCAGAAGCAAAAUGGGGAAAACAGUGGUGAGAAUGAAUUGUUUGUGUGCUGUAUAAUUCAUGACUGCCAACCGAAGACAAUAUAAAUAAGAUGAUUAGGAUAUUACAGAAAUGUGACCAGCAGAGAAAGGAAUCAGAAAGAGCAGUAUUUGGAGCAUAGCACCCUGGCAACUGUCAGCAUCUACAUAACUGGUAUAAUGUUUUUUGUUUUAUGUUUGGCUUUUUUGUUUGUUUUAGCAGUACUGGGGUUUGAAUUCAGGGUUACCUGCCUACUAAGCAGGUGCUCUACCACUUGAGAUACUCUGCUAGCCCUUUUUGUAUUAUUUUUGAAGUAAGAUCUAGCUUUAUGCCCAUGUCAACCUAGACUGGGUUCCUGUUUGUACUUGUUCAUAUAGUUGGGAUGACAGACAUGCAUUACUAUGCCCAGUUAUUGUGUUGACAUGGAAUCUUACUGAGCUUUUUGUACAUGCAGUUCUCAAACAAUGAUCCUCCAUCCUCCAAACCUCCACCUCCCAAAUAGCUAGGAUUAUAGGCUUGAAUCAUGUCACCUAGCCUUAACUAUGAUUAUUAGUCUUUUUGUAAGCUGUCUUUUAUAAUGCCAAAAAGAUAUAAAAUUUGGGUAAUAGCCAAGUCAGCAAAAGAUUACUCAAACACUGUUAAUAUUUUUUAUCUGUUUCCUGCAUAAGUUGAUGGAGCAUGCUGCUUUUAUCAUUUAAGAAAUGUUAUUACAGCCUGAGUAUAAAUAUAUUAAAAAAAACUCAUUUUAGGAUGAAUCUUUAAAAAAUUUAAUGAAUUGGUCCAAGUUUACUAGAACAGUUUUUCAAACUAUGAACUCAACCUAAUAACUUAAACAUAAACUUAAGGAGUCUAGUAUACAAGCAUCUAUCAUGGGAAAAGAUUGAAACUGGUUUCAGUUAAUGGGUAUGUUUGAAUGUGCAUAAUGUACAUGCAUUUGUAUGUAUGGAGAUAGGUGAAAUAGUAUCAAAUGCUUUUGAUUAUAUUUUUAAAAACUUAAAAAUAUUUCACAUACAUUUAAUAUAUCGUACCUGUUAUAUUGCUAAAGAUAUUUGUGUCUUGAUAACAUUUUGUGCCCUGAGGAUGAGAGGAAAGGAGUAUCUUGAAGGAAAUAAAAAUUGUUUGGGAGGGUUAAGCUGUAGAUAAACAUUUUAAAUAUAUAUUUAUCUUUUAAUCUUUUAUUCCAUGUUAAAGACCCUAAGAAAUAACUGGACAAGUAUGAUAGGUUUAUAUGUCACAGUGUUUGCUUAAUAAUGGAAAUCUGUUAAAAAGCCAAUAUAAUAUGUCUAUCAGUAGAGAACUGGCUAAGUAAAGAAUGAAUUUCUACAAACUGAAACACUGGCUAUCUUCCUCUUACAUAAGAAAAUUAGUAGACUAGUCAAAAACACAAUGCUGGGAUUUCUUGAGGAGUGUUGUCAUUGAAAAGCUGUAGAAUAAUGGAAAGUAGGCAGACCACAUAUAGGUGAGUUUAGUUGUCUGUCCUUUCUGAAGUUGCAUCUCUGAUUGUCAAGGCACUGUUUUCUGUACAGUGUUUUGACUUUGACCUGCAUAGCUACCCUGGAGCCAGACUGACCUAUGGACAUACGAAUAAAAUCUGGAUAAAAGGUU